GCCAACACGGAGAUCAAGCUCAAAUCGGCCUGGCAGAGACGCAGCCUUGCAAUGGACCUAGCGAAUUUGGCUUCCUUUCAAGUGAUUGAGAGCUGGGUUCAGUACCUGUUUUUGCAGCUGGUGAAGGAUCAGCCCAGAGGCCGUGACGACUCUUUGGCGGCCACAGCCUACAAUGCUUUGCAUUUGCGCAAAGAGCCGCCGCAUGCCUGGUCCAUGUGGCACAACAGCAGCAAUUGGUUCUCAGUCCGCGCCCAAGGCUGGCUGUGCGACCUGGCCACGGCCGCGCAGGGCAGCCAGACGCACGACUUUUGCUUUUGCGGCAAGCGGAUGACGAGAGCGCCCUUCACAGAGGAGGUUGACAUGUCUUUCCUGGAAGGGCCCUUCGACUCCGAACAGGAAGUCACAGACCAUCUGGGCCACUCGGACUGGGCGGUGAUCCGACGCUUUGUUUUGGUCCAGGGAUCCGAGAUGAAGCUUAGACCAAUCGACGAUUGCUUGGAGGAUGUCGACUAUGUAGCAGGGAUGGCCCUCAAGAUCGCAGAGGCUGACGCAGAUGCCGCGGCUAGCUUUCUCUUGGACCUGUUGGGGUGGCGUCACGCCCGCACAGGGCCCAAGGGCCUUCCGUUCCGUUACACCUUCGAUGUGCUUGGAGCAACCUUGGACCUGAACGAGACUGCGGCAGGAGUCAUAACG